AUGAAGGCAUGUAGAACACGAUAUGGAACUACUGGAUCUGAUGGUUCCGGUAUACCAGGCGAUGGAUAUUUAAUGAUAGUUGACGCAUCGCCAGGUGGUUUAUGUAAUGAUAAUUGGUUGUUAGCUUAUGCAAACGCUUGUCAGUUGGAAGGAAAUACUGAUCGGCCAAUUCUUGGAUUCAUUAAUUUCUGUCCAAAUCGUUUGGACGAAAAUUAUCCAAUGAGUAAAGUGUUACUCUAUACAGCAAUUCAUGAAAUGGGACAUGCAUUAGGGUUUAACAGAAAUCUUUACGCUUUUUAUCGUGACGAGCAUGGCAGACCACGAACGCAACGUGAUCCUGUUACAGGAAUGCCAAGUACUCCGAGGGAUGAGUUUGGAGUAUUUGCUCCUAGAAAAGAACCAACUGGUCUAUGGUGUGAUUACUUUGAUCUGACACGUGCUCAGUGUGUAUCAUAUAACAAUGCAUAUAAUUACUGUAACAUGAAUCUGUAUCAGCAGCGUAUUGAACCAGACAAACAACAUGUAACAAAUCAUCAAGAGCGUGAGUUUUUGGCAGGUUUAAUGAACCUGUAA